AUGCAAUUCGAAGCUAUAGUUGUUAUUUUAUUAGAUUUUGUCCUACUCGUGUUCAGUUCGACGGAUAUUUCUGAAUUUAGAGCCACUAAAGUUCUCAAUGACAGUUGUUCUCUGACUCAGGUUUUAUCCGUAUCAAUGUAUGAUAGUCCUUUGUUAUGUGCUCGGGAUUGUUCACAGAAUUUUAACUGUAGAAGAAUGAUGAUUUGCACUCACCAAGACGGAAUUGAAUGUUCUUUAUAUAUAGAAGGAGAAAACUGUGCGACUCCACAACCUUCUGGAUGUUCCUGCUUUAUGAAGACAUACAGUAAGGUGAAUAAUAAAGCGAUUUGUCCUAUAGGUUUAUAUGGUGACAACUGUCAAAAUACCAUUAAAGGUUGUACUCAAUUCAUGUUACGUGAUACUAUGUGCAACAAGUUAAACUUCAACAGAAACAUUACAGAAUAUAUUGAUGGUUUUGGAGAUGCUAACGGUGAUCACUGGCUGGGACUGACAAGAAUCAAGGAAGUUUUAGACAACCACGGACGCAGUAAGCUAUCAGUUGUUCUUAAUCAUAAAACUUAUUGCGAAAGUAAUUAUAAUGAUUUUACCAUUGGAGCGGCAUCGAGUGGGUAUCCAAUACAUCUUGGACAGUAUCAGAUAUUAAAAAAGAAUUGUGGCGACUCACUUAAAGAAGUAGUGAACAUAGAAGGAUCUCCUUUCUCAUCUCCUGGAUUGGAUCAAACCUCUUUUAACUGUGCUAAUAAUCGUCACGGUAGUUGGUGGUAUGCUAAUGAUUCGAGAUGUAGUGAAAGUGACUUGAUGGGUUCUCGUGAUGCUAUGUAUUGGCCUAUAAAUCGCGGUAACAUAACACUCUAUCGCGUCUACUUGAGAAUAAAGGUUGUUGUUCUCACUCCUGCAUAG